UGCAAGCAGGAGAAGCAAACACAAAAGGUAUUGAGGAUGAGCAACAAAAGUGCGUCGACAGUGGAAGGGUUACUGGACUAUUCUCUCAGUUCCAGAGUAGCAUUCUCGUUCCUGGCGGGUGUGCUGUUUCUUUUCUCCUUCAUUGGUAACUCGUCAGUCAUUCACAUUGUUAGGAAAAGCCAAAACAUGAAGUCUACCACUUAUCUGCUGAUACUCAACAUGGCGUGCGGAGAUUUGGUGAUAUCGACAUGCACUGGUGUUAUGUUAAUCAGAUAUUUGCUCUUUACAUCAGUUUGGCCCCUCGGGAGAUUUGGAAUUUUGUUAUGUAAAACAAGCCUGUACAUUGCUUUGGUUUCCUUUCUUGCAUGUAUUUUUAGCUUGGUUGGUAUAACAGUAGAUCGCUUCAUGGCAGUCAGUCGACCCUUGAAACACAAGCUUUGUUCAAAAUGGACCAAAAUAGCCAUUCCGGUCAUAUGGGCAACGUCCUUUCUGCUGCCAGUUGGUACUUUGUUGGAAAUAGAUGAAAUACCCAAUCAGUCUGGGAACACUACGUGUAGUGUUACGAUGUCCCAUGCCAAUUUCAUGAUACUUGCGUCAUGUUUUCUACUGCCGUUUACGUUAAUGUCAGUUCUUUAUCCCUUGAUCAGUUAUCGUCUCUGGAAGAGGAAGGUCCCAGGAGAAAUCAACGCCCAGCAACAGCGAAUAGCAAAUCGCACAGCGCGAAGAGUCACAUUUAUGAUGAUUACAGUGAUAGUCAUCUUUUUCAUAUGUUGGGCGCCACAAUUUGUUUUUUCGUGGCUGCAUCCAUUUGCUGAGCAGCUAGUGAUGAAAGCACCGAUAUGGCUGAUUCCUUUUACCAUUUUGUUGAAGAUAUUCAACGGUGCAGUAAAUCCUUUUGUCUACGUGGUAUUUAAUGAGUCCUUUCGAAAAGGCUUUAGAGACAUUUUCGGUUGUGACAAGUUCCUUGAACACAAUACAAGGGAUCUGGGACUGUAGCAAUGCGCUAAUACCCAAACGAAACGUAAGCCAGCUGAACAUGUCCAAUUACUAAACUUCAAUUCAAUAACUUACUGUGGAAUGUAUGACCAUUAGAAUUCCUGGUGCCGUGGGCGUGUUAAGUGAUAAACCACUGAUGACUCCAAAAGGAGAUUAGAACAAAAACGUGGUUCACUGACGAGACAUAGCCGAGUAUGUCACUGAUGUUCUAAUCACAUUUUGACUUGUUCUGUGAUCUAGUACUGUACAGACUAACGGCAAAAUGGAAGCUAUUUGUUUUGUAUGAUGACAAAGCAAAAUAUUGCAAAUAGUGGUGUCAGCUAGGUGUCUGCCUUCCAAUAGAUGAUAUGUAUCUAUGAACCAGUCAAAGUGCAUAUAAAACUUAGCUUUUCAUAUAAACAGAACCUUCAUUUCAUUCUCCAAAGCUGUGUAAGAAAUAUCAAGCUUCACGAAACGCCAAAAAUCAUGCCAAGCAAGAACCACCAUCAGGGCAGAGUUUUUGUUAAAUGAAACAGUUUCAUUUUAUUUUGUACCUUGGCAUUGUGAUUAUAUAUUUACUGUUAUCAUUACUAUGACUCU